UUACGAAUCGAUUGUGGUUGUUCGGAGGUUUGUCAAUUUGGAACAUGGAAGGCAGAACUCUUUUGGAAUUGUUCGAAUAUUUAGUUUGAUUGUGCUGUUUGGUCCAAUGGCGAGGAAGACAUUCGUCAGGUACAACAGUUUGGACUUUCCGUUGAAGUUGAGUGACUUUAGUGUCACUUUGCACAUGGUUUGUGAGAACAUCUACCGCUACGUCAUGCCGAUUUGUAUUACUUGUACGGUACUUGCGAACAACAUCACCAUCUACCUGAUCCUCAAAGGACUCAUCAACCAGUUAGGCAGCAUCGUCAAGCAGUACAAGGAACUGUUGGAUCGAACCAAAGCUCGAACCGCAGCCCGGCUGGAACGCGUGUCCGGAACGCUGAACCAUCGGCGCCGCAUGGAAAAGCACUUUUACUGGAUGCACCUGCACGAAGAGUUUCAAACCUGUCUCCAGCGUCACCAGCAACUGCUGGAAACCGUGGACGUGGCAAGUUCUCCGCUGAAUGGUACCUUUCUAGCGGCGUACUACGCGGCAAUGCUGAAAAUGAUCUACGAGUUCGUCUUUUUCUGUUUGACGGAAUCGAUCGACAUCCAGAACUAUCUACGGAUGGUGCCAUUCGAGUUCUGGAUCCUGACCGGGCUGGGGGCACAUCUGAUUGAUAAGAACCGCUCCAUCGGCCAGGUCAUCAACGGCAUCAACUGGGAGCAGGAGCUGGAGGCGGAGCCCCCGUUCGCCUGCCGGUUCCGGCCGAUGAUCGCGCUGGUGAUGCGGGCCAUGCGAAACUCGCACCGGCGCCAGCUGGGCCUGACCUGCUACGGGAUUGUGGACUUUACCGCCAACGAGCUUUCCGCCCACGCGGACCGCUUCUGUGCGGUGGUGUGCGCCGUUUUUAACUAUCUUUUCUCGAGAUUUUGAAAAUUGCAAUGAUUCAUCGCCCAUACCAUGAUGAUGCAAAAAAUCGAGCAAAGUACACCGUCCAACAUAAUGUAAAAUUACUUACACUACAACAAGGCGACUACUGAACACUGAGUAAUACUAUUAUCAAAAACAACAAGAUCGUCGAUCAAAUUGAUGGGGCAGCUCACGUUUCCAUGCUUAAAUUCCAGGAGCAACGACCAAAAUCCCAACAAUUCAACAGCAACAGCCAAUCGAUAAGACGCUGAAGGCCUCGCUCUGAUAACAGCUCUUCUCUAUCGACUCGCGACCACUUUCGACCACAAUCCAAGUGUUUUCGCAGCAGGCCGUGGUGCACUAUGGGGUUUCAGGCGGCCAUAAAUCGAAAAA